ACUGCCGUGUCUUCCGGCGCCUGCUCCCCAGCUAGCUAGAAACUUAUCUGGGAGGCCGCUCAUGGAGCCGAACUUGCACUUCUGGAUCCGAGAAAGCCAAUCUUUUGUCCAAAGAUUUCUUCACUGGCUUGACAUACUAGACCCAACAAAUGUACUGCUCUCUCAGGAAAAAAUAAAAACUGCAAGAGAACUAUUAAGGAAUGAACAGACACCUAAAGAUCACACAGAGGACCAAAAGAUACAGAAAGCCUGGAAACAGAGCCUGGCAACAGUGAAUCCUGAUACUGGCGGUGUGAUUCCUAUGCUAUUAAGGCCUGCAGCUUUCUUGCCUAUUACUGGACCUCUGGUAUUCCUGUUUCUGCAAAAACAUAAAGGAAUAAAGGCUGCUCUUUUCCCUCAGUUUCUCCUCCAUGCAUACAAUACUGAAUUCAGCAUAGCAAAUGGAAAUGCAAUCCAUGCAAAAUAUUCUCUUGAACAACAGCUUCUUGGGAUGACUACAGUUAUUUCUACAACAUUUUUUGGAAUUUCCCCUUUUUUGAUGAUGAAUCGAUAUACAUUAAAAGGACCUGCUGUUCAGAAUGUUGUUACCAAAAUCUUGCCUAUCCCCCUUCUCGCCUUUUUGAGUACAUUUAAUGUGGUGGUGAGCAGAAGCCAUGAGUACCAGAAUGGAAUUCGUGUAAUGGACAAGAAUGGGAAUGUUGUAGGACUGUCACAAGAAGCCGGGGCAAAGGCGGUUGGAGAAACAGCUUGUCUAGAGGUUUGCUCUUUGGGGCUUCAACUCUCCUUUCAAGUGUCUUUGCAUAUUUUUUUGAAAGGACCAACCUUGCCCGUCAAAAUCCAAAGUUUCUGGUGGCCAUGAAGCUAAAUGUGACUCUUCUGGUGAUGGGAUUGAUGGUACCAGUUUCAUUUUGUCUGUUUCCACAGACAGGGCAGAUACAACGAACCUCUCUAGAACCAGAGAUCCAGUCCUUGACAGAGGAGACAGAUCUCUUUUAUAACAGAGGACUUUAAAGACAAGUUUGAAAUUUCAACAUGGCUUGUCUUUUCACAGAGCUUACAGAGAAUUGGAAAGAAGACUAGAGCAGGCCAACUUUGUACCUGAGUACCCAAAAAAUCACUCCCUUAAGAUAUUAUUUUCUCAAGAUUUCAGGCUUAUAUAUCUAUACACCUUUUCUCUCUUUGUGAAAUUGAUGACAGUGAAGCUCUAGGGUUUUUAUGGGUCACAGCAGUCUUUUUUAAGGUAUGGAUAAGCCUCAAGGGUUGCUGCCUUAGCUGGAUGCUUAACCAGCACUUAAUAUCAUUUUUUUGGCUCUAGCACAGUUUCCACUUACUAGCAGUCUGGAAUCAGAAUCAGAUCACUGUGUCAAAUAAACAGUAUGUUUUUGUCAAUGAGUGAGAGAUAUAUACGUAUUGUGUAUAUACACACACAUAUAUAUAUGGCCGUGUAUCUGUAUGUAUAUAUGUAUACAUGUAUACAUAUGUAUAUGUGUUUUUAAAAGAAAAAAAACA